AUGAGAAUCAGUCACGCCGAUGCUGCAACUACGGACUUCCUAGACAACGUUGAAUCCCUCCUAGUGACCUCCGAAACUUCUGAUUACAUGGGUGUCCAUAUUCGUAGCAACGAGACUGGUCCCCUUCAACAAAGCAUACACUACCAUACCCUGUUGAUUGAAGAGGAAAAGGCGUUGCGAUCGUUGAAGACAGAUGACGAAGUAGUUGUCAUAUCUACCGACAAUGGUGGGGCAAUCGAUAUCGUCAACAAGGCUGACUGUGUCAAAAAGACAAACGAAAUCUUCGAUGACAGGGAAGCCUAUGCACCAUUCGUUGUAGACCCGGCGAAAAGCAGGCAGUGGAUAUUUAGAAGAAAGCGAAUGAGCUCGCGGGAUGGAAGCCCGUAA